AUGUGCAUGGAGGACAACCGCCUCCCCAAGCGCAUGCUGUUAGGAGCAAUGGCGGGGGGCGUGGGAUACCGGGGCGGGCAGGAGAGCGACUGGGUGUCUCGUCUAGGAGAGGACCUCGUGGCCUUCAACAUGGGAGACGAAAAGGAAGGGGGGAAAUGGAAAGAGAGCGCCAAGAACUCGGAGGUGUGGUACAACAAGGUCGAGGACGGGGCGGCAUGGUUCAUGAGGAAAUGGCACAGGCAGGAGGCGGAAGCGUCCGCGAAGCGCCAGCGCGCGCGGGAAGCAGAAGCAGAGAGUACGACCAUCUCAGGACCGAAGAGAAAGAGAACCGGCGAAGCGGCGGUGGGGGGGAAGAAACGGCGAACGGGCACUGCUGUAGAAGCGAGUAGGGCGGCCGAGGCAACGCUUGUGGCGAACUAUGCACCCGGCUGAUGUUGUUGCGCCCGGUUUCCCUCCCUGCCGUAUGCUAUACUCCUUUAUGUAUGUCCUUGUAUUGCCUUCGGCCUCUGUGCUGUGUUUCUUUUUUUUUUUCAUGACCUCCCUGCCUGCUCUGCUGUGUUGGGUACCUUGAUCUCGCUUUGCUGUUGCCUUUGUUUUUUUGUACGGCUGGCUGUCUGCCCAUCUGCCGCCUCUUUGCCCUGUUUGCUCCGUUACUCCCAUGCCCUGGUGCGCAGUGCCUGGUGCUGGUACGUUACGUUACCCUUUCAUUUUUUCUUUCGGCGGGUGUGGGAAGCGUCCUCCUUUAUUUUUUUUUUUUUUUUUUAUUUUUGUUUUGUUUUAUUUUGAUCGGUGUCCGAGGGCUCUUUUCUCGAACAGUAGGUGCGAUACCUGUUCUUUUCUUUCUUUCGAUCAUUUUGUUU